UGACCCGGAAGAAGGACUCAGUCUUUCCGUCUGGAUCUGUGCUUUGUUUCCGUCUGUGCGGUCCGGUUCUCCAGCAGCAGAAGCCUCCGCUCCAUUAGAACCAGAACCAGAAGCAAGCUCCGCUAUUCCUGCUCGGAUGUAUCGAGCUCCGAUCAGACCUCAGCGGAGCCCCGCAGCUCCGCAGGAAAGGUAUCCUUCCCCGGGUCCCUGCUGGGGCUUUCCCGGAGCUCGCUCACCGUACGGAGGCUCCGGACACCGCGGAGGUUCCCCCCGGGGCUACCCGCCCUGCUCUCCCGGUUCUUCCGUGUACUCCCCGGACUCCCACCGAGGGUACAUGGGCGUUUCUCCGGGCGGAUUCGGCGGGGAGUCGCGGGGCUUCGACGGUCAGAGGCGGCGCAGAGGAGACGGUUUCAGGCGGCCUCAGUCCUUCUCUCCCUCAGGAGCUCCGAAGUCCCAGUCUUCAGACGCUUCAGUGGAGAAAUAUUUCAGUCCAUCAAUGAUGCAGGAUCCCUGGAAAAGUCUGCAGCCAAUCACAGCCACCGCUCUCAGGAGGACAACGUGAUGUCAGCAACAAUCGACGGAAACAACAACAGACGGAAACAGCAACUGACCGAAAUAACAGACGUAAACAACAACCGACGGAAACAACAGAUAGACGUGACGAUGAAGUGAAAGUCUUCAGCAGGAAACUGAUCUGAGGUCUGAGUCACCAGCAGCUUCAGGGAUCAAUCGCUUUGAUUUGACUGUUUCUGUUGAUCAACUGAUGUGUGAACACUUUUAACCAAUCAUUUUGUUUGUAAAAACAAAAAAUGAAAUAGUUUUUUGUUUUGUUUUUCAAUUAAAAGAGCAAAUAUUGUGCUUUAAA